AUAGCUUGUGUCAGUGCAUUACCUGGCCUUGUUUAAUACAUCCGGUUUUAUUUUUAGAAAAUUUGUUCGUCAUUGUUGUCAAUGUUGAUAAACUGAUUCUAAGAGAUGUCAACGUGUACAGGGGUAAACUUCCCUAUCUAGGACUCCAGUAUUGUAACAUUCAGCGGUUGUUUUUGAUACUCGUACAAGCAUCAUGGGAGUAGCUGAUAAAAUCCUUGAACGAAACGGUUUCAAAUUAACUAGAUUUUCCGAUGACAAAAAUUCAUUUUAUUACAUUCUCCACUCUGUAAUAAAAUCCAAGGAUGGGUCACCCUCUUAUAAAGCUGCAAUGCAAAUGCGAAAUGACUUAUUCAGACUUGAAGAAGACAAUUCCUUGUAUUUUCAUCUGUUCCUGCCUCAAUUCUUGAGCUGCGAUGGAACGCAAUCCCCAAAAGAUUGCUUGCACAGCGAACUGGAAUUGUUGAAAAAAAGGAAAAGAAAUCCAUCACCUCGGGAAAUAUUUGCCGCUGCAGAGUUACUGCAGAAAUCUAUUUGUAUUAUUCAUUUCGACCGAUCUCAAGGAGAUGAUAUAGAUGGUUUUAAGGGAUAUAUUUUCGCUCCAGCCAUCAGGCAGUGCAUGGAUGCGGAACCAUUAUGUAUCCUCAUGGUUGAGAAGCAAGAUGGUUGUGCAGAAUUCGUUAAGGUUGAUUUAAAAGAUCGCGCUAUCGACCUUGAGACUUGCCCAGGGACUCUGAGAAAUAAAACACACAGAAACUGCUUUGGUCUGCGAUUUACAAACAACUUUUCAACGCUAUUUGAUGGAAACGUUACAUACGGUGCAAAAGAUGAUGUCAAAGAUUUAUAUCGUCGACUAAGUUUGGAGUUUUAUGGGACAGAAGAACAUCAUAACCGCAUUUUGAAUAUUAUUUGUAAUUUUGAACUUGAGCAGGACAAUUUGGAAUUAUUUUCCAAGUAUGCAAACAACACAGUUAAUGACGAGACUGAUAGAGACGAAAAGGAGAAACUUUUGAAAAUUCAUAUCAAGAAUUCCAGACAGCAAUUGAAACCCCCUGGGGAGGGAGAACUGUACGCUUUGUCGUCUGUUUUCAACGUCGAUAUUGUGAUUGAUAAAACGGGGAGAGGCGACUGGGACACGUACAUGUCAGUUGCUUGCACAUACGCCAGUUGCUUUGACUCGCCGAUCAUAUUACGGAAACAGACAAAGGAGGGACAUUAUAUUCCGUAUGUAACGACACCUGGUGAAUGUUCCUGUUGCCAGAAAAAGCCAGAAACUCAAGGUCAUAUCGGAAUGAUCAAAGAAAAUGUUCACAAGGCGGUGUUGAAAAAUCCUUGUUGUCCAGCAAAGGGGAACCACCAAAACCACACGCAUCUGAAUCACAUCCCACAAGCAAGGACCCUUUGGCCUCAGCGAAUUGAUCACCUUCUUCCGACCGAUGAUAUUCAAGUGGCGAUCACUCGACUUGGAGCAGAGGAACGACGCAUUGAUCAAAUAAAUGGCGGAGACGGUACCAUAGCUAAGGCCAUGGCUAAAGAGCUGUAUGGGGAUGAAAAUGAAUACUUUGCAAGCGGUCUUCAGGAUGCUUUAGGAAAUGAGAGAGAUGAUAUGGAUAAAAAGAUGCAAAGAAUUUCGGAUUGGCUAACUGUUCCUAUAUAUGUUUACCAUGGUACUGCGCAGCCAAACCUGAUGAAUUCCUCCCAGGGUUUCUUCUGGACCAGAUUUGAACCAGCUAGUUCUAAAACAAAGCAGCUGAACAGAAAUAAAGACUGCAGAUUCUAUAUCACUCUAUUUCACAACCGACUUAAUGGUUCACUUGACCGGAUUACACCGCUCCGUGGUUGCAAUUGUCAACUUCCGCCGCCACUCUCCUUACUUCGAGAUCACCAAACAGAGAUGGAGAGCCAGUUAUUGCAGUAUGUGGACCAAAAGCAACGCCACCACCCAUUGGUCACAUUCUUCUCUAUUGAUCCGAGUAACGAGAUGUUUACAAUAGAAAUCCGGGAUUUCCCAGCAUGCUCUCCAUAUUCUCCAAUGCGUAUAGCAAUGCAAAGAGAAGAUAUGAAAGGAAGAACAUUAGAUUCCGUUCAGUUUUAUGAACAAUCUCUGAUCCGAUGUUUAAGCAAGGAAAUAUUUGGAACUGAACAGCAUGAUGCUUUCAUACUGAAAGAACUGUGUAAUGAAAUUUUAAUGAACAUACGAACUUAUCUACCGGUAUUUGGAGAAAAUAUAAAGCAUGCUUAUAAAGCUAUUGUAGGAAAAUGGACAGAAGAUGAGCACGACUACGAAAGGCUGGCCAAAUUUAUGAUUGAAAGAAUUGAGGAUGACUUGCCAUCAGACGACUUCUUGUUAUGGGUUGCAUGCACGUAUUUCCAAACAAACAUAUACGUGCUGCGUGUUUCUGACUCAAAAACCUCAACAGAGAGUUUCUGGACAGAGUACUCCAAGCUUAGGACCCUCAAGAAGACUCGUACCAAAACUACAAGAUUUGAUAUGAAGUGUCCCAAGAGCAAAACGCACUACAUCUCUCUGUUGCAGACGGGAACUAAACAGUUUCACAGAAUCGUUCCAAAAAUGGCUUGUUGUAAUUGCGUAGUGGAUAUCCCAAUUGUACCUAGCAGGCAGGCGGACUCAACAAAAUAUCAUACACAGCAGGAUUGCAAACUGAUUCGAAAUAUCAGAAAAAUGGAUACCUUGCUGGAUUUGACAUGUGUAGCUGUAGAGCAAUGGCUUUUAUGUAAUAAAAUUUUACAAAGCAAAUGUGAUGCGGUGAUAUGUGAAAUUGAGGGUCGCCGCAAAAAUGUGAACAUCGCUACUAUAUCUGGUUCCAGCGCUGGAUUAGUAGGUGCUGUUCUCGCUGGGAUUGGAAUAGCACUCGCUCCUGCUACAGGUGGGCUUUCCACUUUACUGACUGUAGGGGGAGGAGCGUUGGCAGUUUCUGGAGGAACGGUUGCUGCGGGAGCCAAGAUCACUGAAAGUGUUCUUAACAAAGGCACAGUGGACACAUUAAAGCGCCACCAAAAUUGUUACCAGGAACGAUUUGAGCGGUUGCAGAGUUCUAUGGAACAGUUAACAAAGGAGGUGAAGAGGCUCGAAGAAGAAACGGCGGAAUUUAAAGUCAAUCAGAAUAUCCAGGCAUCUGAUUUUACAGGUAUUCAGUGCUUUCCAGGAAUAUUGCGAACCGUUAAAGGGCUGGCAAUGAUCCCUAUAGGCGUGUUGAAGGUGUCUGCCAGAGGGAUAACCAUUCUUGGUGCUAUCAUAGGACCACUGACAGCUUUGUUUGAUGCGGGUCUACUGGCAUUCGCGGUGCGAAAUAUGUCGAAAGGAAAUAGAACAGAUUUGACGGAGAACUUGCGCCAAAUCUCUGCAUCUCUGUAUGGAUCUAGAAGGCAAAUGCAAAAUUGGGCGUUUGGGAAUCAGAGAACUGUUUCUUUUGACUAAAUAUCAAAUCAUGCAUAGAAAAAUAUGACUCGUUUAAUGGAGCCUUCUUGUUUUGGAUUAGUUUAUUGACAGGUACUGGUUACACACUGAUGUUUAAAUGUAUUUUAGAUGCAUGUACAUGUUGUAGCCUAUACAAUGUUCAUAAAUUUGCUUGUGUAUUUUGAUGUGUCAAUAUGUACAUCAUUUUCUGGAUAAUUUUGUAUGCGAAAUAUUUUUCUUUGAUGAUGAAAACAACAUUACUGAGGUUUGUUUGCUUUAUUUAGGGAAGAUAUAUUUCAGCCAUAUAUGUGAAUGUGAGCACUGGAGAAAGUAAAACUUAAUGGCAUUAUUUCUACUGAUAUUUCUUGUCUAUCCUGUUAAUGCGGCUCUAUGUUCCCCAGGGAACCCAGAGGAUUGAUGUAAUGAUGUAAUAUAUCCUGUUAAAGAGAGUGUGUUUGUUAAUUACAAUGAUUUGAAUUUAAUAAAGCAAACUAGUUGUCAA